GAAUUAGUUAAUAAUAAGUAGUUGACUUAACUAACUAGUGGACUGCACUGCAGUUACUAAGAUUCACUUCUACGAUCACGUGCGGGGAGGACUUCCGCCUUACGGAACACACGAGUCAGUCCUCGGCCCUCACUCAAAGGAACAUCGCCACUGGCAAGAUGUUGCCCUUCGAUUCGGGGCUCUCCGGCGGCAAAACCGUUUGUUCGUCUUUCCCGCCACCGCACGCUCCAGAUCUGAUGCCGAUAGAAUUCCACGGGCGAGUCCGCCGACUCGCCGACUCGACACUCGACGCGAAAAAUCUUUCUCCUCCCCACUCCAUACUACACUCAGUAUGGCCGGCCCACUUCGUCAACCGCCCCGCUGAUUCGCCUAUCCCCCUCGUGGAAGAUGGAAAAUUCGGAUGAAAAAAAAAAAAGAAAAACCCUAAAAAAAAAAAAAAAGAGAGAGGGACAGAGACAGGCAGCGAGGAACGAGGGGAAGGCAAGAAAAAAGAGGAGUAUAUACUUCUAUCCAAUGCUUUCUUAGACUGAUCUUUACUUCAAAGCCGAUCAUCUAUCAACGUUGCAUUCGUCUCAGUUAGUGCCUGAGGAUAGCCGGCCUCCGCUCAACUCAGUCAUUCUUUUUACAUAACAUCUUCCGGUCCUGAGUACAUAAUUGCAUUAUCUCGGUCUCUAUCAUUCGUCACUCGCUCUAUCGCUGGUAUAUCGGCCGUCGAAAGAGGGGACAAUUGCGUUUCCUUGCUAUAAAUCAUCGACCUUGUUUCUCUACUCCACAGGAAAAGUACUUCGGCGGAGCAGUACCUUUUUUCUCCUUUCUAUUUUUUCUUGGCUUUUAUCCAACACUCUAUUUCCAAUCCCUUCUUCCAAAGAGACGGCGAGCGAGAAUCGGAAUCGAGAAAACCCUGGGUGGUGACUCAAGCGUGUUUGGUGGAGCCGCCUUCGCCUUUCCUCACAACCUUGACACAUUUUUUUUCCCUCGGGUUCCCCGACGCCUUUCAUUCACCACGCUUCUUCAUUGAUACCAAUUGGACUGUUGGACGGCCAAGCAUGGCCUCUGAGGACGAGGUCAACAGCACGCCAAAAUUUGCCGGCGACAAGGGCAUGAUGCCCAACGAGGAACCCAUCCAGUUCGAUUCUACCAACGCGUCGCCGGAUUUGCAAGACGUGGACUGCGAGAAACAUGGCGCAAGUCGCGAGUCAAACCCGCUACCUGAUCUGAAGCGGAAGCUGAAGAGCAGGCACUUGCAGAUGAUUGCCAUUGGUGGUACAAUUGGAACAGGUCUAUUCAUCAGCAGUGGUACUGCGAUUGCCAGUGCGGGCCCUGUCGGUGCGCUCAUCGCCUAUCUGUUCGUCGGUUCAAUCGUGUACUCCGUCAUGACCUCGUUGGGAGAGAUUGCAACUUAUAUUCCGAUUCCCGGUGCCUUCACGUCCUAUGCUGCCCGCUUGAUUGACCCCAGUCUGGGGUUUGCCAUGGGCUGGAUCUAUUGGUUCUCUUGGGCCAGCACCUUCGCCCUCGAGUUGACGGCCACGGGUUUGAUUAUACAGUUUUGGGACAAGGACAUCAAUAUCGCUAUCUUCAUCGCCGUCUUCUGGGUCGUCAUCACCCUCUUGAACUUCCUGCCCGUCAGCUUUUACGGAGAGUUGGAAUUUUGGUUUUCCAGCAUCAAAGUACUCACGGUGGUUGGGUUCAUGAUUUUUGCAAUUUGCAUCGAUGCCGGCGCCGGUGGAAGGGAAUAUAUCGGAUUUCGCCACUGGGUCAACCCCGGUCCGUUUUCGCCGUACGAGGGAAUCUCGCCCGAUUCGAAGGCCAAGUUUGUGGGCUUCUGGGCGGUGCUUAUCCAGGCUGGCUUUUCGUACCAAGGGACCGAGUUAGUCGGUAUUGCUGCCGGUGAGACCGAAAACCCCCGCAAGACCGUCCCCUCCGCCAUUCGCAAAACCUUCUACCGUAUCCUAUUCUUCUUCGUCUUGACGAUCUUCUUCAUCGGCCUGCUGGUGCCUUACACCAACCAAGACCUCCUCACCGACGGCAACGAUGCCAAUUCCUCGCCUUUCGUCAUCGCUGCCAGGCUGGCCGGUGUCAAGGUUUUGCCCGACAUUAUCAACGCAGUCUUAUUGACGGUGGUGCUCUCUGCUGCCAACUCAAACGUAUAUAGUGGGAGCCGUAUUCUGAUCGGCUUGGCCCAGGAAGGAUUUGCCCCGCGUUGGUUCAAAAAGACCACAAAGCAAGGCGUGCCGUACUUCGGCGUUGCAUUUACCGCCGCCUUUGGCUUGCUUGGUUUCAUGAACGUCUCCAAUGCUGGCAGCACGGUAUUCAACUGGCUUCUGAAUAUUGCCGGUGUUGCUGGUUUUAUCACUUGGUCAUCGCUUAAUGCCUGCCACCUGGCUUUCAUGCGUGCCUUGAAGGCUCGCAACAUCUCUCGUGAUCUUCUUCCCUAUAAGGCCGUGUGGCAGCCAUGGUAUGCCUGGUAUGGACUUUUCUUCAACAUCCUGAUCAUCUUGACUCAAGGGUUCACCGCCUUCAUCCCAACCUUCAGCGUGACCGACUUCUUCAUUGCCUACCUCAGUCUGAUUCUUUUCGUGGUGCUGUAUGUGGGCCAUAAAAUUGUCUACCGUACUCCUUUCGUGCGUCCUCUUGAGGCCGACAUCGAUACCGGUCGCACCGCACUUGAGAAUGAGUCGUGGGAAACGACCGCACCCACCACGAAGUGGUAUCACCGACUGAAACUCCGGUAGAUAUUCUAUCGCACAUUGCGGGAAAGUGAUCAGGAGCAGAAAAGGGCAUCUCUGCCAUUCAGGGCUGUUCCCGGCGUAGGGUCGAAUAGAGAGUCAUGAAGGGCGUUGUGCCGAAUGGUUGCCUUUUCUUAAAAUCAAUUCUGUAUAUUAUCAAGUGAUUGUUUCUGUUUUGGGCAUUGGCACGGAGUUGGGUGAAAUCGUCGCUUCGAGAUAUUUGCAUUUAUCCCCUGUGUUAUAGUACUGUCUAAUUGAAUAUAUUUCUAUCCUAUUGAGU